AUGGCAACGAUUCCCAAAACCCAAUACGGCUUCAAGUUCGACAAGCUGCUCAACAAUAUCCGCCUCGUGGAAAACUUGCCGGUGCAAACUCCGUCGAGCAACCAGGUGUUGCUCAAGAUCGAGGCUGCCGGUCUAUGCCACACUGACCUUCAUCUCUUGGACGGCUUUGAUGCUGGCGACAACUAUGUCAUGGGCCACGAGAUUUUUGGUCUGGUAGCCCUGAAGGGUGAGGAGGUUUCACAUCUUGAGUUGGGAGACAAAGUGGCAGCUUUUGGGCCCAACUCGUGUGGAGUGUGUUCAAUGUGUCGCCAGGGCUACGACAAUGACUGCCUCAAGACAGAAUGGCUUGGGUUGGGUAACGAUGGUGGAUACCAGCAGUACUUGUUGGUCAAGAAUCCUCGUAACUUGAUCAAGGUGCCCUCCGAGGUUUCGGACCCUGCCGUUGCUGCUGUCAUCACCGACGCCAUGUUGACGCCUUACCACGCCAUAAAGAUGGCCGAAUUGACCCCAGCCAAGAAAGCCCUUUUCAUUGGUGCUGGUGGUUUGGGUUCUACAGGUGUACAGAUUGCAAAGUUGUUUGGUUCCCACGUAACGGUUCUUGACACAAAGCCAGCUGCUCUUGAGUUGGCAAAGCAGUUUGGUGCUGAUGAAGUCUACACUGAGCUUCCUUCUGACACGAAGCCUGGAUCGUUUGAUGUGUGUCUCGAUUUUGUUGCAAUCCAGAAAACAUUCGAGGUAUGCCAGAAGUUUGUCAAGCCUCAUGGCACAAUCAUCCCGGUUGGUUUGGGCGCUACUCAUUUGUCGUUCGACUUGGGUGAUUUAGCGUUGCGUGAGGUACGUGUAUUGGGAUCCUUCUGGGGAACUAGCAAUGACAUUACCGAGUGCUACGAGUUGGUCAAGGAGGGUAAGAUUCACCCUAAGGUUUCCACCUUCCCAUUGAAGGAGUUACCUGAAUGUAUUGAGAGACUAAAGAGGGGUGACGUCAGUGGUAGGAUGGUUCUUAUUCCAUAA